CUCCACUACAAGAAUGAGGAACACGCUCUUCAUUAUAGCGGCCAGCUUGGUUAGCUCUGCUUUAUCCGAGGCUAAUGGGCUGAGCAUAGAGGUGCAGCAAGAAGUGAAAGUGGGCGGAGGGUGCUGCGGUGGGCAGCGCAAGGACGAGUGCUCCGCCGGCCCGAGGGGACUACGCCUAUGGGCUACUCCUCCUGCCACUCAGGAGGAUGCGAGGGCUGCCUGCCACGACAAGGGUUACUCCUUCCUGACCAUCAAGGAUCCCUUCCUCUUCGAUGACGUCAUUCGCACUCUGAGGGACGAGAUGCCCGGACUCCACGACUACUGGGUGGACGGCUCUGAUGACAAUGGCGACAUGGCCUGGAGGUUCUCCGACGGCUCGGACAUGCCUCUCGGGUCGCCCUUCUGGGACCUGGAGUACCACCGGCCCUCCGGCGGAAUGGAUGCCAAAUGCGUGGCACUACAAGGCAGUCGAGAUUACUACUGGCGCAACUUCCCCUGCGACUAUCUCAAGCCCGGCCUGUGUGUGUGGCGAAGUGCCCCAGCCUCACAUACCGUCACCGGUCGAGUGUCCAGAAAAUAGUACCAUUAUUUUCGAUCGUUGUGUGCUGAUCCUUCCGUACCUCGUUGACGACUUCCAGGAGGCGCGGGACGGCUGCGCUGCCG